UAUAUAUUAUUCUUUCGAUACAGCGUAUGUUGGCAUUUGACUAUAUGUUGUAUUUGAAGAACCAUAUUAUCAAAAAUGUAUGCAUAUUUGCGUGUGUAGAUGGUUUUAUCCCUGCAAUUUACAUGACAUUGUUCAAGGAUAGAAGCUAACGUUAGCUGUGUUGUUUAGUACGGUUACAGCCAAAUGAUGCCGGACAUUAACACCCAAAUAUUUGUAAAACUGGAGUACAUUGUCCUUGUCUUUUUCUGUUAAUAAGAUCUACGGAAUUUGAGUCGUGUAUCUGGCUGCAGUAGUAUGGUAAUGCUAGGAAAGCUCUGUACUAAGUAGCUAGUUAACUGUGUUGUUUCAUCGGCGAUUGUUCGGAAGUUAACUAAUUGACGGUGCAAAUUUCGGGCUUGCUGUCAAAAACUUUAAAGGACCGCAGUAAAUGCUCUCUAUGCAUGGGUUAAUUUGUGUCUAGAUUAAGGCAAUGCCAUUGUAAAAUUCCGCCAGGCAGCAGUUUGUCACUUUUAAACAGUAAUUUGUUAGUUACAUAACCAGGGUACUUGUGUUGAAAUUGCUGCACUGUCAGAAGAUAUAGGCAGUGUGUCGACAGCGCCUUUUCCUUCUAUUGAUCAAUAUGUUGUUAAUUAUAGAGCAGCGCCACUCCCUCUGUAGGUUACCAACUUUAUGUUUGAAGCUCGACCCCCCUGUUCCUGGAGAUCUAGCGUUCUGUAGUAUACCUAAUUCUAACAAUCAUCUGGUUGUCAAGAGAUUAAUGUAGCUUUUUAGGAAGAAGGUUGAAGACCCCCUGAUCUGUAACUAGCUUAAACAUGCAGGAACAAACAAAGUCCUAGAUACUGCACUGACUACUGAUGUGAUGCCUACUGUGUAAGGGAGUUAAAUAUAGCGUCUCAGUGAGUAAGGACUUUGUGCUUCUGUGUCACUCCAGUAUGUCUGUCAGGGAACGUGAGGACACAGUCAUGACUGCUGUUGCUUGCCUUUGGCUGCUUUCCUCAGAUAGUCACCUAACCUGCCACCACGCUGUUUUGAGUCAAAGUCACUCAUAUCAGUUGUUAUUUGAACCUAAUUUGCUUCUCCUUUUUUUUUACUAGCUGCGUUUGGGAAUGGUUGAAUAGGUUUUUCUAGAGUUGAGCGUUCUCGUUAGUGUGUGAUGAUGUUGUUUUGGAUGUUAAUUGGAUGUUAACAUAUCCAUGACGGUCUUAUGUUUCGUUGGAUUCAGUGAGGUCAUUGAUGAGUCAGAUAGCUGCUGUAGCUGAUGCAGAGUCACACUCAGUGCUCUCUACACAGGGUCUUCGUCACUGGCCUUUCCACAAUUUCAUCAUUCCCACCACCUCAAAACCACUUGGAGUAGAAGGUCAGAGGGGUGGAACCUCUGGCUUUGUCAUCCAAUAGGUUAAGGGAAUGAAACGAUAAGAGAUGUGGCAAGGAGGAUGACAUUGAGAAAAGGCCACUCUGACGAGACUCCUAAUCAGACUCAUCUGGCCUGCCCGCCUUGAUCCAUCCACCUCCUCAUCCUCACCGCUCCAACCCUUUCCUAGCGAAGGGCUGACUGUAUGCUGUGCAGGGAUUGGCUGACGGUGAUGUCAUGCUUCUAAAUAAUUCAUGCCUGAAAGAAAGUGAAAGACCCUGAGACAGGAGGAAGCAAAGGGAGGGAAGGAGAAUUGAUUGUCCUGUCUGUGAGAGGGAGACAGAGGUAGCGUGGGAUGAGGAAGCGGAGGCUGCAUCACAGAGGAAGGAAGACAGAACAACCACGACAGUGAAAAUAUAAACUGUUUGGCCAGAAGGAUGGGAAGGUUGGCCCAAGCCCGUUGCACAGGCUAGCUGGACGUUGGUCUAUGUUAUCCAUACCAUUCACCCCCUCCAACUGGGAUAAUCCCCACCAUUGAAGGGAUCGAUGAUGAGCAUUUAGUGUUUAGUUGAUGCUGAUGCCUAAAAUGGUCCCCUUUUGAUGACGUCAUCACCCAAUGUGGAGGAGGAGCAUUCUUUGUUACCCGCAUCCUCAUUUUGUGAAUUCACAUGAGAGCUGUUUCUGUUCACUUACUCACAACCAUACCCCCCAACCCCCCACACACACAUACUCAUUUGAAGAACUGUGGAGCCAACAACCUUUCUAAGAAAAGCAGUGCCACCCAGAAUUGGCUAUGAGAAUAUCUGUCCAGGGCUCGUAAUUUUACUGUGCCAACUCCUAGAGUACACUCAGCAAGAUUGUCUGCCUCCGGCUAGUUGGUUAUCAGAGCUGUGUUAAAGAGCCAUCUGUCCUCGAGGAACGCCGUCCGUUCAGACCGCCUCUCUCCGGGGCUCAGACGGCAGAUGCUACGACUGCGAGGUCCAAUGCUGAUUGGAUCCUCCCCUGCCCAAAAACCUGCCCAGCCCUGCUGCGAACCAACACUGACACUGCCUUGACAACCUCUACGUGGGCCCGGCCCAGGAGCACCAUGGAGGGGCUGGAGGUGGAGGACAUUAGCCCUGCCCUGGAGGCCACUGAGGACUUCCUACACUGCCUGGACGGAGGUGGAAGGGAGGGGGUCCGGCAGCCCCGGCAGCACCACCCCAAGCUGCAGGAGAUGUCUUCUGCCCUGGGAAAGUUGAGCUCCAGCGGGGUGUGGGGCCUGCUGGCUGGGGAACAGGGGGCCGAGGUGUCCCCCCGUAACGUGGCCUGGGCUGACCAGCCUUCGGCCUUCAGCGUGCUGGGUCUGAGGCAUGGGAAGAGGAGCCGCGCGCGUUCCACCAAUGAUCUGGCUGGUCACGCCAAGGACACCAACGGCACCGCCUCCAACUCCUCCAACUCUGCCUUUAAGAAAGGCCAUAACCGCUCGCGUUCCGAUGUCAACUAUCGGCCGUCCUACGUGGACAACGCUAACGGCCUGCCUACUGUGGACCGGAACAUGCUGAAGAAUAUUACCCUUGACCAACGAGAUGACGCCCAUAAGGACAGCGGCAGUGUCAAUGUGGUGAAACAAGGCUCACUGGAGCAUCGCGAGGGUCACAAAGGUCGCUGGAGCGUCUGCCACGUAGAGCUCACCCCCUGCGAGCUGCGCCUCUACAGCCUGGACAGCAGUGGUAACCGCCAACUCUGCACUGCCUACUCCCUGUCACACUGCCAGGGGGUCAGCCAACCCCAGCUACCCCAGGACGGGAGAGUCCUCCAAGCACUCUUCUUCAACAGCUCUACCCGUCUGCAGUUACGUGCUGCCUGCCAAUGGGAUGCGCAGGACUGGAGGAGGCUAAUCUGGGAGAAGGUGCUGGCUGCCAGACCCUCCCAAAAGCAAGCAGAGCCAUGUCCGCCGCUGUCUCGGUCUUCGUCCAUCUCGUCCGGAGGCCUAGAUACCAAGCCAGACCCGAGCGGUCCCGCCGAGGCUGACCCGCCCAGGCGUCCUUCUAAUCUGCCCCCGGCGCGCCCCACGGCCCUGCCUCUGUUCACCCAGCACUGCACUGACGUCCUCAAAGCUGGCCUCCUCCACCAGCUCACUGACCAGAACAACUGGAGGGCCUUCACGUUCGUGUUGAGUCGGACCACGCUGCAGGCCUUCCCCACAGAGGGCCGGGGGCCUGUGUCAAAGCCAGUCCUCCGCUAUCCGCUGGCCUCCUGCCUGGCCGUGCAGAGAGAUGAAGCCGAGGGGGCUGGCGCAGCCCGCUUCCAGGCCGUCUUCCCAAGUGAGGUGCUCCGUCUGCGGGCUGAGAGCCAACUCAAGGCCCAGGACUGGGUGGAGGCCUUGCGGACGGCUGUGGCAGCCCAGAGACCCCAAGGGGAGGGGGGUCCAGGAUCCAGCCAUGCCCAGCCAGGUGCAGUGUCGAUGGGAACAGGAGUGCUGCUCAGGACCAAGCCCUGCAGGGAGAGGAAGCAGAGGGAUGCCCAGAGAGCCAAGAGACAGUCAGUGACCACCAGCUUCCUCAGUAUCCUCACCUGCCUGGCUGUGGAGAAAGGUCUGACCACCCAGAGCUUCAGGUGUGCAGGGUGCCAGAAGCCAGUGGGGUUGUCCCGGGGCAAAGCGAAGGUGUGUUGCUACAGCGGCUGGUACUACUGCCAGAGCUGUCACCAAGACAACCUGUUCCUUAUCCCAGCCCGUCUGUUGCACAACUGGGAUACCAACCGACACAAGGUGUCCAAGCAGGCCAAGGAGUUCCUGGAGUUUGUGUACGAGGAGCCCCUGCUGGACGUGCAGCAGCUGAACCCGUGUCUCUACGAACACUGCGAGGGCCUGGCGGCAGUGCUUCGUCUUCGACAGCAGCUCCAGUCGCUCAGAGCCUACCUGUUCAGCUGCUGCGCCGCCGUGGCUGAGGACCUCCGCAGAAGGAUCUUCCCCAGAGAAUACUUACUGCAACACAUCCACCUUUACUCCCUGGCUGACCUGCAACAGGUGAUCGAUGGGAAGCUGGCACCCUUCCUCUCUAAGGUGAUUAAGUUUGCCAGUUCCCACGUCUUCAGUUGUAGCCAAUGCAGAGAGAAGGGUUUCAUCUGUGAGAUGUGUCAAAAUGGACAGGUCAUAUACCCCUUCCAGGAGAGUGCCACCAAGAGGUGCGAUGUCUGUGGGGCGGUCUUCCAUACGGAGUGUCGUCAGAAGGCCCAGCCCUGUCCCCGCUGCGUACACCGAGAACUCCACCAUAAGACUCCCUCGUCCUUCUGGAACCCCGAUGACGAUACGCCUGGCUGCUUCACUAUGCCUUACCAGGACACUUGAUCACACACACUCCCCCGGGGGGACACAAACACACGAAUAGAAACAACCAAGCCACUCCAUUGAGCUGCUCUCACCAAAGUCAAUGUGUGUGUGUGUGUGUGUGUGUGUUUGUGUGUGUGUGUUUGUGUGUGUGUGUGAGCUGGCCGGGGUAACAGUGAGGAUGACAAAGGGAGAGGCGUGUUUUCUCUCACACGCACACCUGCUUUGUCAGAAGACGUCAUUCUCACCUGUGAAGAAUGGACAGCAUUGCAACAGCUACUGGAUAGGAACCUGCUCUGUCUACAAGCCUCUCUGCGAUCUAUAUAGUACUAAACACACACACUUAUGUGUCCUCCUGACUUUCUGGACUCAAACACAUCAACUGAAGAUUUUAUGAGGUGACCUUUCCACACACACACCAGAUCUAAGAAGAACAUCUGGUGCCAGUUAGUGUGAUGUCACCACAGCCUGUAUCUGGGGCGAUGUCCCAACACGCUCUCUAUACUGCAUCCGGACAAUACAACGUAGUCUAUCUGAGCUGCACAUCACACAAUCGCACACACGUUUGCACUAUUUAUGCAUGUUCCUUAGGAUGUCAAGCCACAGACUGGGCUAGCUAUUAACCCUUAGAGUCACACUGUCCCUCCUGCCCUUUAUUUACCUAUUUAACUAGGGAUGGGGCAAAGCUGGGGCGCUUGAUGAUCAACGCGGACUAGAUUCAGGCCCAGUGACAGUCAUGUCUACUUUCUCCUGGAGUUGGAGGCCACUUCUCCCCGGGUCUGUGGCGUGGGGCCCGGUGGCUGUCGGGUGGAUGGCCUGGCUGCAGCAUAUGCAGCAGGGAACGCUCCCGUCAGACACAGCCCCGGGAAAAGACCUCAGCCACAGAAAGGUCCAAAUUACAGUCCAGGGGAAAGACUUCGCAGGGCACAGUUCUGUUACGCAAGCCGUGACAAAAACCCACAGGAGCUGGGACUGCAGCUAUGACUUAGUGCUUUCGCUCUGGAGCCAUAUCAAUCGCUACUGUGCAUUCCUUCAUUCGUGCGUGCGUGCGUGCGUGCGUGCGUGUGUGCGUGCGUGGGUCUUCUUUUUCCAUCACUUGAACUAUACUUGGGCAAUAAUAUCUAUUUUUCAUUGCUUUGUUGCCAUUUUCUGUCUCAACGACUUUCUGAAGUACUGUGCUUUAAUUCUUUAAUCGGAACCUUCAAAGGCGGAAGCUUUAGCGUGAGUUGUCUUCCCUAUGCAACUAGGCAUUUAUAUUCCUAUUCUGUAGUGCUUUUUCCCGGGAAUAGUAGGUCUAUGUCCAUAACCCGUCAUCUUCCCAUGAUGUGCCAUGUCUCCUGGAAGGGCCUUAGUACCCCUUGAUCUGGUCGCCCCAUGUCUGCUUUGUUUAGAUGUGCAUGUGUUUGUGUAGAAGUGUUGAUUUCCUGUGGUUUACAUUUAAGGGUGGAAGUCAUAUCACCACCUGGAAAAAAGCUUGAUUGAAAGCUAGAUCAUGGCCAGGGUGCGGCUUGUUGAUACCAGGCAGGUCUAACGCACCGUACAAGAGCUAGAUAACAGCUAGUGAAGUGGGUGUUUAAAUGCAGCUAUCGUUUAUUUCUUUUCAGUAUUUUAACAUUUUGCACUAUCAAUAUUUUGGUUUAACAUUAUCAUUUUGUGGGAUUUUAUGUGCAGUAAAUGUUCUUUUGGUGGGUUUUGAGAGUGGAUGUGCUUUAACAUUUCAUUAGCUUAGUUAUUUAUUGAGUCUCUGUAUGCUGCCUUAAAUUGAAAGCUUAUUGAUGUGUUCCUUUAGAGCCGUGAUGUAGUCUUUAUUGAAGUUGCCAUGCUUCAGGUGCACAUUUAAUGUUCUUCUGUUGACUCAUUGUAUUGAAGAGGUCCAAAGCCCUGGUUUCUUGAAUAGGGGUGUCUGUCUUCUAUUAGCUAACCCUAAAGGGAAUCAGGUAAACAUUAUUUUGUUUGGGUUCUAUCAGACCAUACUGUUAGAGGACAGGGAGGGCAUACAACAUGUUUUCAUUGAAAUAAAACUCUGUACUUUGCAGUAAUACAGCAUGUAUACAGUGUCUUGCAGAUUUAAAAAGAUAAGACUAGUAGUCUUACUGCUUCUCUUAAACCAUAUUCAUCUUAAAAGUCAGGGAUUCUCAGCACUGGAAAUGGUGGACUACAGUGUAUGAACACCAUCAAGGGAUUGAUGAGGGCAUUGAGCCCAAGGGAAGCAUCAUCCUGGAUAUGAUUUUCUGUUCACACCAAAUCAUCAUUUCCAUGUACAGUAUUUUGCCUCCUGCUUUUCAACUGUGUUUUUGUUGUUUAUUCAGCCUUCGUUGCAUUUUGCUAUCUCAUAUUACUAUUGUAUUUGUUGUGUACCAACCACCACGAUGUCUCGACUGUUGCAGGUUUACCUACCAGUCUACCUUUUCUGUUUGAAUAUGUAUCACAGCCAACAGUCAACCUCUUAUGCAACUACAGAGACCUGGUUCCGUACCAAUCCUUUCCUUCCUCCUUCUGCUUUUUUUUGUUAUUUUCUUUUUACCACUGAUGCCAAUAAAACAAACUACUUAACACAG